AUGUCGAACCAGCCAUCUGCUGCGCGCGUAGUUAUCCAUCUUCUCUCCAAAUUCGGACCUCAAACUACGCAACAACUUCAUAAGCAUGUAAUCCAAUUCCCUACAUUAGGCAGUACAACUUACUUAAAGCGCAAGGUUCUAGUCCACAUGAGUGGGCAGGGAUUAAUAACCAAACGAAAAGCGAGUAAGGAGGAGCUGAGUGAAAAGGGUUAUCCUCCAGCAACACUUAUGUGGUUUUGGUAUUUGAAUCAAAAAAAGAUUGAUGGCGAAAAGUAUAAGAAUAUGCCAGGUGAAGAUGAAGUUGAUGAGGCAGUUAAGCAAGUGGAUAAAGACUUAACAAAGUUGAUGAAAACUAAACUGGAGGCUAAGGAAAUGGAUUAUCGUAUUCGCGACGAGAAGAGGAGUAAUGGAAAAUUUUCCAAAAGAUUUUUCGAAGAUAAGCGUCAGUUAAGGUCGGAUAUCGAUUAA